AUGGGGAGUAGUAUCAACACGUGGGAGCUGACCAGGAUCACCGGGUCCAUGAAGAACCCCGGACCCAAAACCUUGAAAAUGACGUCGAGUACGAGCGCUCCGCGAAACGUCUACGGCGGCCUGCUCAUUCCAUGCGUCGGCCUGUUCACCUGGCUGAAGAAUUCCCACGCUGACCGUGAUCGCCAAAGCCAGCCGGGCUGCAUAGAGGACCAGGAGAUCCGGCCGCUGCCGCCAGGUAUUGAUUGGCUCAAGGGGCUGAAAGACAUGGUCAGUGAUAACGAGACUCUGCAGCGGAAGCACGGGCUGGACAGCUAUUUCAUGAUGCGGUUCUUACACGUGGCCCUGAAAUUGCUGAUCUUGCUAUUAAUAACCAUCCUGCCUGCGCUGCUGCUGGUGUAUUAUACGGCCCGCAACGACAGCAUAGCAGGCCUGGACAAACUCAGUAUCUCGAAUGUGCCUGAGGACCAGGGUGCGCGGUGCUGGAUCAUCGUGAUCAUCGCGCUGCUUGCCAAUCUGUACUUCGGCCACGUCUUGUCAGACGAAUUCGACGUGAUCGCCCGCACCCGGCAGAGGUAUCUCCAGCGGGUCUCGCAGUCAGGGGUCAGCGCAACCAUCCUCAUGACCGAGAUUCCUGCCGAGAUCUGGAACCGGGAAACCUUGACGCAGAUAUUCGCUCAACUGGGCGGGGCCGUGGUGGAGGUGAUGCUUCUCCACGAGAGGGAAUGUACGACCAAGGAGGCAGAACAUAGUCAGCUGCUCCACACGGCAGGGAGCCGACCGUCUGGGAAGCUGCGACUCCGCUCCAGAGUGAUGCGACCACAAGAAUGGGUUGAUGAGAUGUUGGGUCGCGGUCAUCUGUGA